UCUCUCGCUCCUCUCCCUCCCCGCGUCAGUCUGAAGGACUCCGGUUUCAGGUCGGAGCACGCACGGCUGAAUCCCGGAGCUAAAGAUGCGGGCCGUCGGAGCCGCUGAGCUGUGGACCGUGCUGGCCGCCCUGGUGGCCGGCGUCGUGUCCGACCUGGUGACGCUGGUGCAGGAGCAGGUGAAGCCCGAGUCCCCGCUGCUGCCGCCCAAGGUCCUGAUCGCGAUCCUGGCUCGGAACGCGGCGCACAGCCUGCCGCACUACCUGGGCUGCAUCGAGAGGCUGGAGUACCCGAAGGAGCGCAUAGCGAUCUGGGCAGCGACAGACCAUAAUGUGGACAACACCACCGCCAUGCUGAGAGAAUGGCUGAAGAGGGCGCAGCGUGUUUAUCACUACGUGGAGUGGAGACCGAUGGAGGAGCCGAGUUCCUACACAGAUGAGUGGGGUCCGAAACACUGGCCUCCCUCCAGAUUCAACCAUGUUAUGAAGCUGAGGCAGGCGGCUCUGAAGGCAGCCCGGGAGCGAUGGGCCGACUACAUACUGUUCGUUGACAGCGACAACCUGUUGACCAACCCUCGGGUGCUGAACCUGCUGAUGGCCGAGAACGUAACGCUGGUGGCGCCCAUGAUGGAGUCUCGCUCUCUCUACUCCAACUACUGGUGUGGCGUCACCCCACAGGGUUACUACAAGCGAACCCCGGACUACCAGCCGAUCAGGGAGUGGAAGAGGCUCGGCUGCUUCCCUGUCCCCAUGGUGCACAGCACCUUCCUUUUGGACCUUCGGCGUGAAUCCAGCCAGCAGUUGGCUUUCUACCCACCUCAUCCGGACUACAGCUGGGCCUUUGAUGAUAUCAUGGUGUUUGCCUUCUCAGCACGUCAAGCAGGCGUGCAGAUGUACGUGUGCAACAAGGAGCAUUACGGCUUCCUGCCUGUCCCACUCAAGGCCCAGCAAAACGUGGAGGAUGAAACGGAGAGUUUCAUACACACCUUCUCAGAAGCCCUGAUUGAACAUGACAUCGAGCCCUCGCCGUACGUCUAUGCUCCGCCGGUGCCCCCAGACACAAUGGGCUUUGAUGAGAUCUUCCUGAUUAACUUGAAACGCCGGCUGGACAGACGGACCAGGAUGCUGAAAACAAUGGCCUCUAUGGGCCUCCGUGCCUCGCUGAUUGACGCGGUGGACGGGAAAGCUCUGAAUACAUCCCAGCUGCAGGCAUUGGGAAUUGAAAUGUUGCCAGGCUACAAGGAUCCAUAUUCUGGUCGCGUCCUCACCCGAGGGGAGAUCGGCUGCUUCCUGAGUCAUCACUCUAUAUGGAAACUGGUGGUCGAGCAUGGCCUCCAGAAGGUCCUUGUUCUGGAGGAUGAUGUGAGGUUUGAGCCCAGGUUUAAACGUAGGCUUCAGCAAAUAAUGGAGGACAUAGACAGAACCCAGCUGGACUGGGACCUCAUCUACGUGGGAAGAAAGCGUAUGCAGAUACAGCAGCCAGAGCAAUCAGUGGAAGGUGUGAACAACCUGGUUGAAGCCGACUAUUCCUACUGGACCCUCGCCUACGCUCUUUCACUGAAAGGGGCCCAGAAGUUACUGGCGGUUCAGCCUUUCACAAAGAUGCUGCCCGUCGAUGAAUUUCUUCCCAUCAUGUUCAACAAACACCCCAAUGUUCAGUACAUGUCCCAUUUUGAGCCACGGGACCUGAGGGCCUUCUCCGUGGAGCCGCUGCUGCUCUACCCCACCCAUUACACCGGGGAGCCGGGCUACAUCAGCGACACCGAGACGUCCACCAUCUGGGACGACGAGGCCGUCGCCACAGACUGGGACCGGCAGCACGCGAAGACGGCCCAGCAGGGGCGCAUCCGGUCUGUAGCGCAGAACAGCGUCACCGGAGACUCGCCGCCUCCCGCCGCCCGAGCCUCACGCGACGAGCUCUGAUGAAGACGGAGGAGAGACUCGGUGAAUGUCCCACGCAGCCGCACUUGAAAAGAAGCUGGAGCUGACAGGCUGUACGGGCAUUCACGUCGACAAAAAACCCCCCCAAAAACAAUAAAUAAAAAAAACAACAGGUGGAUUGAGGUAGAAAUGAGAUGAGCCUCGUAUCUGCUGCCUGAGGAAGGGACCAAGCGAGCAGAAUCUGGGACGAGGGCCAGCACAGCUUCUACAAAGAGCUUUAUUUAUUCUCCAUGUGUCUCCUCAGUGCAUGUGGAUCCAGUUACGGCCUGAAAACUUUACCCAUGGAGGUUGGCUAACAACAUUUACAUGAUGUGAAAAAGAGAGAGAGAGAGAAAAAGAAAAAAGAAACGUAUGUGAAUUCCUUUUUAUGUUUCAAAAAAAAUGUUGUUUUUAAUUUAAAGAGAACGGAUUUGUGUCUUACAGACUGCAGGGGCGAAUAAAAGAAACUUCAAGCUGACCAAAAAACUUUCCCACAAAGCUGUGCACCAACAUCUCUACACAUACUGUAUUUACGUCUAGGUUUGCCUCACAGGUGCUUCUUUAUGUUCAAGCAAAACCGAAGCUGUGUUGGGAGGAGAGAGGCUGACGAUUUGUACCCAGGUGUCUGGCUUUUUUCAGUCCAUGUCACGCAAACAGAGCAAAAAAUAAAAAUAGGCAGCCGUCACUUGCCAAGAAGCAGGGCAGUAGCAGAUGCUUUCAGGGCUCAACGUUUCUGUUGCAGCAGAAAGAGGAUCCUUCACAGCAGGCUGGUCCUGCUUGUUAAUACUCCAGGACAUGGUGUUGCCGUUAAAAUGAACAGUUUUGAUAUUUUCUGAUGAUUUUUUUUUUUUUUUUUUGGAUUCUCCAAAUCUCUCCAUCAACACAGGCUCUUCUUUGUUCAGUUGUGCUGCUGAGCUGAAGCAAUAAAACACCUUCCUCGCCUCCAUGUUA